AAGGUGAACGUAGGGUCGACCCACCGAGCCACUCACCAUACAAAUUGUGAACGAGGAGGGAGGGAUAGGGAACGUCGAAGUAUCCGAUCUCGGGAAGGGAAAAGGAGGGGAGACGGGGAGGACUCUUGAGAUGCCCCGCAAGUUCUCUCCCGCGGGAUAUCCCACGGGGCGGGACGAAGUGUCUUGGGCACAAGAUGCCCAAAGCACGGAGAAAGGCGUCGGCAGCGGACAGCAACGAUACCCCUUACAGCAUGCUAUGUCCCACACCGCCAUGCCCGCGGAGCUGUACACCCAUCCCUCCGCUGCCGGGUCUGGGUCCGCCCCUUGGGGGAGUGGGUACGCGCUGAAAACCCAGCCUCGGUAUGCCGGCGGGCAGAGUAGUGAGAGUCAGGGCAGCACAGGGGGUCUGGGCGCGCAACAAUCGCAACAGCAACCCCGUCCCCGCCAACCCACCUUCCAGCAGCAGCAUCAACAACAACCCUCAGGAGGAUCCUUCACCGACAUGACCGCCCCGCAACCCUUCACCUACUCACAGCCCUUCCCGACCCAACAACAACAACAACCAGCCAUCCUCCGCCGCGGCGGCACAUCAUCCUCGUCCCGUAAAGGCAGCCUAGCCUCCUCCCUUGGCAUCGAGGCAUCCGCUGAUCCACCUUCCGGCAAUUACCAGCACCAUCAAUAUACCCAAGCGCCGAGAGGAGGAGGUGCUACCAACACCCCUACGGGCGUCCUGUCGUCGUGGCUCGUGGGGCUGGGGAAAGAUAGUGGCGCGGAAAUGAUUCUUGGGAGGCCUGGGGGAAAUAUCUCGGGUGCUUCUGGUGAUGCUGUGGCCGCCUCGCCCCCGGCGGCGGCGAGAGACACAUUGACGAUGGAGGAGCAGUGGUCUGCGCCCGCGGGGUGGGGUGUCGGUGGCCAGGCUCAGGGACAAGGGCAGCCCGAGGAUCCGGCUGGUGGUGGUGGAGGUGGUGGGCAGUAGCGCCCGGAUGUCCACCCACGGCAAUCCCUUCUUUUCUCGGUUCAUUCUUUGUCAUUUUUCCUUGGUCGAACGACAACUCUUUCAUGCUCGGAUCAUACCCCCUUCCCCCUUUCCCCUUCCCUCCCACCCUUGGUAGGGGCUUUCGGACACCAUUCUUUCGAAACCCCUCUCCCUUCCUUGUGCGCAUCGUCAGGACGGGGCUGGGCUAGUUAUGCUGCUUCCCCCAUUUCUGCUGUUUCCCGUCGCUUUUUUGCUUCUUUCUUUUUUAUUUCGUAGGUGAUACCCAAAGGUCCUUUGCAGAGGACGAACCCAUACACACUACUACUACUCGCUACAAAUGUUGAAAAUCUUAUGAGAAAAAUGAUUCCUUUAUGGCUUCCUUUUCCUUUCCGCAAUUUGAUGGUAUGACAGAUAAG